GUGAUGAUUUUGACUUUUGAGGGGGCAAAAUGAUGGAAUUGAGUAGCAGAACUCUUAUAUGAAAUUUAGGAACUUCUAUCAUGUUAGUGGUGAGAGUUGCAGAAGUUUUUGUCCGGACCAACUGAAUAGGCAAAUCCACAAAAUGAAUGGAUCGGAUUGAAAAAAUGGUCACCUUCCCAAAGCCAAAAAUCUGAGUUGGUAGGAGAAAAACAGUACCCAAAAUUCUGAGAAGUUCUACUGUCCCAACAAAUACAUGUCUAAAAGCGACAUCAAGCACUAAGCAGAGGCUUCUUUUGAUUCUAGAAUUGCUAAAAAGCGAGUCUCGAGAUCAUGUGGAAUCAAUCAUACGGGUCUGCCAGAUCAUUCCAAACCAAUGAUACCCAUCAUUCUUAGACUGAAAAAGUAAACAGCACUCACUAUUUCUCACUCUUCGCACUAGAAAGGCCAUGGAUGAUCUGUCACUCCCCGUUUAUUCUAGCAUUCCUCUUUCACACCAGAGAGUGGAUUAUAUUUAUCCCCACAACCCCAUCUCAGUUUAGUUAUAAUAUCCCAGUAUCUCUCCUUGCCUCAGUUCUUUCUAGUGUUAAAAACUUAAAAGGUGGUGGUUUUUUUUAUUCGAGAAUGAGAACAGAUCUUGAUGCCAAUGCAACCAGCUCUAUUGACGACAUCCCAAAGCUCAAGUUCCUUGACUGUUCUCUUAGGGUCUGCUCGAUUCCUCUUAGGGCUGCAACCAUGUGGCUAACUGUGACAAACCAGCAGGAUAACAGCAGCUAUGGGAGACUGGAGUUCGGCAAUCUUAUGGGCCUCAAGUACAUGGUUUUCAUCAGUGCUAUUUGUGCUUGUUACGCUUUUGUUGCUGCUCUUUCUCUAUGGUGCAAAUGCUUUGUAGCAAAACCCUGGCUCUUCUUUGUCUCCGACCAGACUGUAGCUUACUUAAUGGUCACGUCCGGGGCUGCAGUGUUGGAGAUACUCUACUUGGCUUACAAUGGUGACAGGGAAGUCACAAGGAGCGAAGCCUGUAGUUCCUAUGGAAGGUUUUGCAGUAAAAUGACUGCCCCCUCUACAUUGUACUCAACUUCUUCGAUCAAGAAUAACUUUGGGCUGUGGCAUUUGUGACUUGGAUUCCAUUUGGAAUCACAAUAGUAACACAGACCUCUCUCCCUUCUACUUUUCAUUUGGGCUUGACUUAUUUUUGCACAAGUACAAUGGUUUUGUUCUGAUUUUUUGUUGGAUCUGAUGGUGGGGGGUUGAAAUGGUAUUUUAGGGAGGUUGGUUCACUAGAGUUGUUGGUGAAGGCCUAUUUGGUAGUUUUCUAGGUAGGUUUAGGUUUUCCUCUUAGAUUUUGGUUAGACUGUAGACAGUGAUAAGGUUUGAAGGAUUAAACAUUCUUAUAGGCAUUCUAAUGCCAUCCCUCAGCCUGCUUAGAAAACAACAAAGCCCUUACCCUUAUGAUAAUCCCCGUAACUUGUUUGACAAAAUUUCAAAGCAAGCCUUGUAAGCUUCAAUAGUAGAGGUUUGUCUUAGGUGUGUAAGCUGUUCCAUAGGAUCAUCAUAACAGCUAGUGCCAAACCUUACUUACAAGACUUUCACAAAUUCUUCCCAUCCAGUCAACAGCCUAGACUCAUCUAGGUUUUGGAACCACACAAGGGCCUAGCCCUUCAUGUGAAAUGAGACAAGCCUCAUUCUAUGUUGCAUAGGUGUUAUGGAAGGUAAAAAAUUGAUUUACCUUAUAGAGCCACCCCAAAGGUUCUUCCCCAUGAAAAGUAGGAAACUCCAACCUCACUGUGCGUGGUUGGAUGUCCUCUAUGUGUGACAGUGCAUGCUCCUGUCUGGGCUCUUGUUGGUUGGAUGAUGAAUCUUCAAAUUGAUUGGUGCUUUCCUUUGUAGCUUGACGAUUAAGGAAGAGAGUUGGUGAGCCACGGCUUCAACUUGCUUGCGCAUGGCAAGCAUCUCACCCUCCACAAUUUUCUCCACUUGUUUCCUCAAGGCCUGCAUCUCCAGCUCCAUUGCCUUGAACUGAGAAUUGGUGGACUUCUUCAGGGCAUUCAACCCUGACUGUAACGGACUAUAUCUUGUACCUUCAACCAUGGAAACCAAUGAGGUAGAGAAUCGGCUUCUCUGAUACCAGCUGUAAUAAACCCACUUAGUUGUAAAGGAAAAAUUAUGAAAUA